AUGUACGCACACUUCUGGCAAGGAAAGCUAAAAGACAACAAAGAGAUCGAGUUUCCAGACAAGCUCUGUGAAGCAGUAUCAUCUAUCACAGAUGGCUUCUCCUUCGCAUACAUGCAGGAAGCCUUUGUGGCAUCUCUGCUAGCUCUUGCCACUAGCGAUAAGGAGGAAGAACACCAUGACACUGAUUUGGACAAGUUACCUCUGUGGCAACAGCUCAAGAAGCAGAUCAAGAUCCUCAGAGACGAACUUGACCAGGAUCCUGGAGAGGCAUUGGCAGCACUCAAGAUCUAA